AUGAAGAAGCUUUUCACUUUCUGGAGAAGGAAGGAUGAGCCCCACAGCCCCUCCUCACACGUGCCCAUAGGCGGGGCCAGCACUCAUCACCCCACCCAGCCAGGCUACAACCUUCGAGAUAAGGAUUUAAAGAAACUUCACAAAGCUGCCUCAGUCGGGGAUUUGGAGAAGGUGAAGGAAUACCUUCAGCUCAAGAAACAUGAUGUGAAUAUACGGGACAGAGAAUACAGAACACCUUUGCACCUGGCCUGUGCUAAUGGAUAUUCAAAUAUUGUAUCUCUCUUAAUUGAGAAACAGUGCAAAAUAAAUGUCUGCGAUAGUGAAAACCGGUCUCCAUUGACUAAGGCAGUACAGUGUGCUAAGGAGGAUUGUGCUACUAUUCUUCUAGGCCAUGGUGCAGACCCAAAUCUGGCAGAUUUAGAUGGCAAUACUGCUCUCCAUUAUGCUGUCUGUGGCCCAAGUGUCUCAUUAGUUGAAAAAUUGCUUGAGCACAAAGCUAAUCUUGAAGAUCAAAAUAAGGAUGGGUAUACUCCACUGUUACUUGCCAUUACUGAAAAUAAUGCAAAAAUGGUAGAAUAUCUUCUGAAGAGAGGGGCAGAUGUAAAUGCUUCAGAUAAGAAUCAAAGAACAGCCCUUAUGAUUGCUCUAAGUGAUGAACCAACAAAUUUAGUCAGUCUUCUUCUUCAGCAAGAAGUGGACCUAUCUUGCCAAGAUAUUACGGAUUCACAGCUGAGGAAUAUGCUUCUUUCAAUGGUUUUACUGUGUAAAUAUCAUCAAUUAAUUGCCAGUUACGGAAAGAAGAAAGUUGAACAGACUAACUCUGAAGAUACAACCUUGGGCACUACAUUUGAUAGAGAAGAACUGAAGGAAGAUGUUAUGAAGAUUGUUGAAAUGACAACAAAGGAUUUAGAAUAUGAUAUAAAUUUAGUUGAUAAAGCGGCAGCAGGUUUUGAGAGGAUUGAUUCCAAUUUUGAAAGAAGUUCUACUGUGGGUAAAAUGCUAUGA